AGAAGAAGAACAUGGCCGUGUGAAGGUCACGUUGUUGAACUCUUGCCCUGUAUGUAGUUCAUGUGUUUGUUAAUAUUUAACUUACUGAAAGUUGCACCAAGCAAGAAAACAAAGAAGAAAGAUUUCCCUGACCGCAUGUCCCUGAUAGAGAGAAUGGCUGUAUUGAGAGCUUACAAACAAGCCCUGAGGAAGGAGCUGAAAUGUCGCCUUACUGCGCUUAGCGCCGCGGAGAAGCAGCGGCAGUCUCGGCUGCUUUCAUACAAGCUGUUUAAACAUCCUAAAUACAUCUCCUCUCAACGAAUUGCGGUAUUUCUCAGUAUGGAUGAUGAAGUGUGCACUGAGGAAAUCAUCAAAGACCUGUUCAAUCGUGGCAAAAGCUGCUUCAUACCCAGAUAUCGGACCUGCAGCUCACAUAUGGACAUGCUGAAGCUCAACAGUCUGCAGGACUUGGAGACGUUGGCUCUGACAUCCUGGAACAUCCGGCAGCCAGCGGAGGAUUGCAACAGCAGAGAAGAAGCUUUGUCUUCAGGAGGUCUCGAUCUGAUGUUGAUGCCAGGCCUGGGCUUUGACCUAUUUGGAGGACGUCUUGGACGAGGAAAAGGCUUCUAUGACACCUAUUUAGGACGCUGCAGCGAACACCCUAAGGGAAAGCCUUACACUAUCGCCCUGGCUUUCAAAGAGCAGCUCUGUCAAAAGAUCCCUGUUGACUCCAGCGACGUCAUUAUAGAUGAAGUCCUAUAUGAGGACCAGUAACCACUCAGCCACUUAUGUGUAGAUCAUUGAAUCUUACAUGAUUCAGACUAAAUUCAUGAAUAAGUCGGCAAACUCUUCACAUAAAUAAUUACAUGUAUAUUUUGCCUUUUUAACCCUAUCCUCUUUCAGAAGGAACAAUUUUAAAUCAUUUUAACACUGAUUUUGCUUCCAUGGAUGACCUUCAAGCUAUAAUGGUAUUAUAGAGUCUGACCCACUAAUUAAACGGUUGUGUGAGGAUUA